GUAAAAUGUCAUGUUCCUGCUGUUAGGUAACUUUCCAUUCGGUUAUGUCAAGAUAUAGAUUCGGAUCAACUCGUUCACCAACCUCCAAUGAUACGGAGAACACUCCUGUUCCACUUCGUCGAUCAAGCGCAUCUGUGUCCGGAGCAUCAAGAUCUCGAUCUUCACUCUUCAGUCAGGAUGGGAGAGCUUCUACUCCAAGAUUAGAAACUACGUUCGGACCUUCAUUUUCCACAGUGACCACAAUAACAACAGACGAAGGGAAAGUCGAAUAUCAGCAUCAACGAACGACCUCCAUGUCCAGCUGCAAGUCCUUCAGUGAUAGCAGGGAAGAUUUACAUGGUGGAAGUACACACAGCAGCCUCCAACGAGGCAUUGCAGCCACUGCCCAGUUCAAUUUAUUUCGUUCAAAUUCUCACGACUCUGCAUCAUCCACUCUCUCACAAUCAUCUUUUAGAUCCAGGAACACAGAGGAUGAUGCACCUCUUGUGUUUGUGGAGACACCUUCUGCCCAACUUUACUGUAAGAUUUGUCAACAAGUUUACAAAGACCCUGUAAUUAUGUCAUGUGGACAUUCUUACUGCAAGCAUUGCUCUGUAUCUGUUGAUGCUUGUCCUGUUGAUAAUAAAAAGAUGUCUUCAAUCCUGGGCAACUUGGCUGUGAGUGAGCAAGUAGGAGCGUUAUACAUCCACUGUAGGUAUGGAUGCAAACUCGUUAACGAUCAUUCCAAUGAAUAUGAAGUCAACCAGUCUGGAUGUCCUUUCACUGUGAAACUUGCUGAAAGAAGAACACAUGAAGAUUCAUGUUUAUAUGCUCCCAUAUCUUGCCCUAACAACCCAAUGUGCCCAACCAUGCUACGCAUGCAUUUAGAAGAACAUUUAAAAAGCUGCAAAAACCUACAGUGUGCCAAUCAUAAAUAUGGAUGUUUGUUCAUUGGUGAUCGUGAGACACAAGCAGCUCAUAUGAAAGGAUGCAAGUAUGAGUUUGUGAAAGACUUUCUGCAAAUUACGGAAGAAAAAAUUAACAAAAUGCAUCUCUCACUAAAGCAAGCUGAUGAAGAAAACACUUUCCUAAGAUCGAUGCUAUCAAAAACUGUGAGUAGAAUGGACGAACUGGAAAAGAACUUUGAAAUGAAAUUAGAGGUAAUGAGCACAAAUCAAUCGAAAUUAGUUGAAGAAUUACGUGAAUUCCGACAAGACAACGCUUUAAUUAACAACCAGCUGCAAGAUUUAAACACAAGACUCCAUAUAAGUGGUGUAGGGGUGUUUGACCCACAACAAAUAUUUAAAUGCAAGGGAACUUUUGUCGGUCACACUGGGCCAGUAUGGUGCCUAUGUGUACAUGGUGAUUAUCUAUUCAGUGGUUCAUCUGAUAAACAAAUCAAGGUUUGGGACACUGCCACCAACUACAAAUGUCAGAAGACACUCGAAGGUCAUGGAGGGAUAGUUCUUGCUCUCACAGCUCAUGGAGAUAAACUGUUCAGUGGAUCUGCUGAUUGUACCAUUAAAAUAUGGAGCAUAGAUACUUUGGUGGAACUUAACAGCAUAGCUGCUCAUGAAAACCCUGUAUGUACCCUGGUAUGCAUCAACAAUAUGUUAUUCAGCGGCUCUCUAAAAUCCAUCAAGGUAUGGGAAGUUGAGAGUGACAACUUAAAAUUCAAACAAGAACUUGAAGGAUUGAACCAUUGGGUGCGAGCAUUAGUUGCACAGCAUGAUUAUCUAUACAGUGGUUCUUAUCAAACUAUUAAAAUUUGGGAUGUGAGAACCUUAGCGUGUGUCCACGUACUACAGACUUCAGGUGGAAGUGUUUAUUCAAUAGCUGUGACCAAUCACCAUAUAUUGUGUGGAACAUAUGAGAAUUCAAUUCAUGUAUGGGACCUUCGAACACAUGAGCCCGUUGCGCAAUUAACUGGCCAUGUUGGCAUCGUGUACGCUCUUGCUGUGUUGAGUACGCCAGAACAAACAAAAGUCUUUAGUGCAUCCUAUGACCGAUCAUUAAGGGUCUGGAGCAUGGAAAAUAUGAUCUGCACCCAGACACUUAUCCGACAUCAAGGUAGUGUGGUUGCACUCGCUGUAUCACGUGGCAGAGUCUUCUCGGGGGGUGUAGACUUUACAGUGAAAGUGUGGCAGUAGAAAAGUGGUGCAUUUUAAAAAUUUUAAAUUUUUACAUGUUUUCUACUUUUAUCUACAACAGGCAAAAUUCUGUUUCAAACUAGAACUAAAACCUUUACCAACAUAGGGAGCAGUUAUCCCAUAAUGACCCAUUGCGUUUUUAUCUUUUGAAUAUUGCCCUGUUAACCUGCACUUACGUUCUUCCCUGCGAUCUACGAAUCAAUAUAUUCAAAUCUAAUCGUUUGUUUUUAUGUUUUCUUGCAGUUGGUUGCACUAUGUUUUACAUUGUAUCAGAAUGCACUCCUGAAUACAAAUAAAGCAGUAAUUUGAUUCCAAA